AUAAUCAACAAAUAAAAAACUUAAUUUUGUUUUGUUUUGACUUGUUUCUGGUGUGAUCGAACAGUGCCCAGAUACUUCUCCAAUGUAAAUGCUCCACGAUCGAUAUACAGAGCUGCAGACUCGAUAGCGAUGUGCAACUGGUGGCAAGUGAUGCAGAUCUAGGUUUGUCAUUCUCAGUAGUAUCUAGAAGAUAGUGACAAGUUUCGGACUAAAUGCACACGCACCUGUCUGUGAAUCAUUCAUUUCAAAGUUAAUGUAUACUUCUAUGUACUCCCAAACAUGUACAAGUUUUCUGAAAUGCUCCCAUCCUGUAACCUUCUAAUGUCAGACAUCUGUGCCGCUCUCAGUCGAUACUAUUGAAUAAUGCUAAAGAAUUCGUAAGCGUCAUGUCUUAAAAACUAUAGAGUUAUCUCAAAGCAGAUAUCAAGUGGUUGAUGUGCGUUAUAAUUCAGAAAAAUCGAUAAUAGGUGAGCGGUUGUUUACGGAGAGUCUGGUCUUGGGUAGAGAUAUAUGGGAUAGUGUAUUUCUGACACUCGUGAAAUUUACUCAUCUUGAAAUAUUUAAACAGGUGGCUAUGUUUUGGCAAUAUCUCAUACUCCUAGUCCUGUAUGUAUGGUUUCACACGGCUCACACUGUAUUUCCGUGAUUUCAAUGUCAAACUGACAAACUGAGGCAGCCAUGACAGUUUACAGUGCCAUCUAUGUCUGACGAAUGCCCACGAAUAGAAUCUAAAUAUAGUAACAGAAGCUGCUCACAUGAUUGGAUGGUAUUUUUAACUCUGAACCGUCUGUUCAUAUAGAUAUUAAAUGUCGAGCUACUGAUUUGUAGAAGUUUGCAGUGAGAUACACGCUAUUUCGGAGAUAUCCGAAAUAUUUCUGUAAAAUGAAGAAUAUCAAACUAGUGGUUGUCGGUGACGGUGGAGUUGGGAAGAGUUGUCUCCUCAUUGCAUACACCACAGGCUCCUUCCCGUCCGGGUACAUCCCGACUGUAUUUGACAACUACAGCUGCGACGUCACCGUCGACGGUGAAACUGUCAACUUAGGUCUCUGGGACACAGGCGGGCAGGAAGACUAUGACCGGCUCCGCCCCUUGUCCUACCCCCAGACAGAUGUGUUCCUCGUGUGUUUUGAUAUCAAGAACAGAACCUCCUUCGAGAACAUCCGUGACAAGUGGUACCCGGAAGUACAGCACUACUGCCCUAACACGCCCAAGAUACUCGUGGGCUGCAAGACGGAUUUGCGUCGAGGUGACGGGGACAAAACCGUGGUAUCAUUCAACGAAGGAGCAGCACUGGCUGGUACCCACAUGACAUAUAUGGAAACAAGUUCUCUUGCCUUGAGGGGGCUGAAGGAGUGUGUGGAGGGGGCCAUCAAAUUAGGUCUAAAUAAGCCUUCGUUAGUGAAGACGCUUAACAUCUUUGGAAGAUUCAAGAAACCUAUGCCUCUUCCUCCGGUGAUGCCUCCGGCUGGCCUGGCUCCGUGGACGGAGAUAGAGACGUCCAAGUUUGCUGACCACUGGUACCAUCUCCUGGAGGACCCCAAGUUCUCGGACGUCACUUUCCUCCUGGGUGACAGACACCAUCUGGACGCCCACAAGAUCAUGUUGUCCUCAGCCUCAAAGUACUUCGCCCAAAUAUUAGGGUUGCCAUUCACUAGAAAGGUCAAUCAGCUGACAAAGGUCAAGGAGUCAGAGACCAUGACCCGGGAAGACCUUAACUCAGGCAAGGUGGAGGGCAUAACCUUUGUGUCGGACACAGAUUGCAAGACCAAGCCUGGUCACGUGACCAUUCAGCUCAGCGUUGACAUCACGGCCGCCACAUUUACACAUGUUCUGGAGUUCGUGUAUACUGGAACCCCUCGACUGCCGGAUGACGUCAGUGAACAACGCCUGGAAGAUCUCAUCAGGGUGGCCGAAAUCUUUAAACUUCCCCAGCUGGUGACGAUUUGCCGCAACGUGUUGAACGAUGAGGAGAUCCUCAACCCCAGCAUCGGCACCUUCCUCAACGACGAGACAGCGGCCAAGAUGAAGGACUUAUACUUUAACCAGCCAGAGACAGCUGACGUGAUUUUUGACGUUGGAGGCAGCGAGGUGUACGCUCACAAGGUCGUCCUCAUGUCUCGGUGUGACGUCAUGGCCGCCAUGUUUGGAGGCGCUUUCAAAGAAGCUUUUCAGCCUGGAAUGUGCAAGCUCAAGAUUCAAAACACAACCUGUGAGUGUUUCCUGGCGUUACUGGAGUAUCUCUACACGGACCAUGCACCCAUUGAAGGCGGCGAUGCGGUCGGGAUAUUGGUCCUGGCGGAUGAAUACUGUCAGCCUCGCCUAUUAAACCUGUGUGAGUUGUACAUCACCAAGGAAGUUGACCAGAGCUGUACCAAGAACAUCGAGAAGGCCGAUAUUGACGUCAUCGGGCUCCUUCUCACAGCUCAGCUCCACAACGCCUCCCAGCUGUCUAAAUGGUGCCUACACUUCAUCUCAACCAACUACAUAGCGUUCUCAAAAAGACCAGAGUUCGUGAUGUUGAAAGGCGACAACAAGGUCCACGUGGAGGAGAAUCGAUGGCCGCCAUCGGCCUACCUCGAGGAAGUGGAGGAGUAUGAGAAGAAGGUGACCGAUGAAGGAGGAACAUGUUCAGUCAUGUGAAUCAGUUUCAUGUCGGAAUCUUGCGUAAACAAAAGCUGACGCUAUUCAUGUACCUAACAAGCAAGACAAUUAGGUUUCCGUAUUGUUUGUGUGCUUCUCAACUCCAACCACAACUAGAAAUAUAUACCACAAGCAUGGGAUGGUGAAGGCCAAUUCUAACAAGGAGAUAGGAAACACUGAAAUACGAACAACCUAAGCAAGGGUAGCGUUGGCAGUACUGGGGUUUGGAACUGGUAGACCAGAUGCUUUAUGCCGAAGUACCCCCGUGAGUCCUGGGCUGGGUGGU